CCAACAUAUUCCAAACCAAACUGCACUCAGUUCCCCAAUCAUCACUCAGCAAAAGCCCCCACCCCACCCUUAUACUGUUCCCUCUUGGACACACAACACACACAAAAACCACAUACACAAAAAGGGGACAAUCAUGGUACCGGUUAGCUGACUCUUCUUCCUUUUCAUUGACCUGCAAAGAAACAAUCCCUCAUGCUUUAACUGAAAAGAAAAGGAAAAAAAAAAUCCCCAUUUCAGUUCUUUGAAAACCCAGGUGGGACUUGGGAGGGUGAGUUACAAGUGAGAACGGAAACAAGGGAUUCAGCUGAGUGUGAAGAAGUGUGUGUGUUUUUCUUUCUUGAGGUGUGUGUUUGGUCUAUGUGAGCAUUGAAAAAAUGGGCUGUUUUCAGUCCAAAACUGCCAAUGUUCAGUCCCCUGACCAAGAACCCUCUCAGCCCGACUCCAAACCAGAUCUUGUUAAUGGGGACCAAAUAGACCAAGAUCAAGUACCUGUUUUUAAGGAAUUUGGUCUUGCUGAACUCCGAGCUGCUACAAAUGGGUUCAGCAGUGAAUUGAUAGUCUCUGAAAGUGGAGAGAAAGCUCCCAAUGUUGUUUACAGAGGAAAGCUUCGGAAUAACCGGCUUGUUGCCAUUAAGCGUUUCUCAAGACAGUCCUGGCCUGACCCCCAACAAUUUGUGGCAGAAGCUGCUGGUGUUGGCAAGCUUCGGCACAAGAAAUUGGUGAAUCUUAUAGGAUGUUGUGCUGAGGGAGAUGAGCGAUUGUUGGUCGCAGAAUAUAUGCCUAAUGAUACACUGUCAAAGCAUCUAUUUCACUGGGACAAACAGCCUCUGCCAUGGGAAAUGCGUGUUAGAGUUGCUUACCAUAUUGCCCAGGCUCUUGACCAUUGCAUUGCAGAAAACAGAAAAAUUUAUCAUGAUUUGAAUGCGUACAGGGUUCUUUUUGAUGAGGAUGGCGAUCCUCGGAUAUCUAGUUUUGGUCUUAUGAAGAACAGCAGAGAUGGGAAGAGUUAUAGUACCAACCUGGCUUACACUCCACCUGAGUUUUUGCGCACUGGUAGGGUAAUUCCGGAGAGUGUAAUAUACAGUUAUGGAACCGUUCUGCUAGACCUUUUAAGUGGAAAACACAUACCUCCUAGCCAUGCUUUGGAUUUGAUAAGAGGUAAGAAUGUGUUGUUACUCAUGGAUUCAUCGUUGGAAGGACAAUAUGCCAAUGAAGAUGCUACUGCAUUGGUGGAACUGGCAUCAAAGUGUCUCCAGUACGAGGCUAGAGAUAGACCUGACAUAAAGUUUCUUCUUUCAGCAGUGGCGCCCCUUCAAAAACAGGAGGAGGUUACCUCACAUGUUUUGAUGGGUCUGACAAAGACUCCAGUGGUACUGCCUACCAUGCUUUCUCCUCUUGGAAAGGCUUGUACAAGGAUGGACCUUACUGCUGUGCAUGAUAUCUUGCUUAAAACAGGUUACAAAGAUGAAGAGGGUGCAGAAAAUGAGCUUUCAUUCCAAGAAUGGACACAACAAGUGCAAGACAUGUUGAAUACGAAGAAAUUUGGUGACAUAGCAUUUAGGGACAAGGACUUCAAGAGUGCGAUCGACUAUUACUCAAAGUUGGUGUCCAUGAUGUCUGUUCCUUCUGGUACUGUCUUUGUGAGGCGAGCUCUAUCCUACUUGAUGAUUGGACAGCCAGAGCUUGCGCUGAGAGAUGCUAUGCAGGCACAGGUUUGCUUGCCUGAGUGGCCUACUGCCUUCUACAUGCAGGCUCUUGCCCUAUCUAAACUUGGAAUGGAAACUGAUGCCCAAGACAUGCUGAAUGAUGGUGCCUCCUUCGAAGCUAAGAAGCAAAACAGUUGGCGCAUCUAGAUCGUAGCACGAUGAUGAGAAUCACAAUUUCCUAUCAAUUGAUUUAAGUUAUAAAUUUUAGGGAUUGGAUCAGGAUUUCCUCCGGUUGGAUAUCCAAUUCGGUGAGGAUAACUUGAAAAGUUAAUUGCCUGUCUGUUGUAGCAACAUAGUUCCAUAUAGAAAUGUAUAAAACACUCCCUGAUUGCGAAAAGCUUAGUGCUAGUUACUGACACCUGCAUUUGCA